GUUCUUUCUUUCCUGCAAUCAAACCCCCGGACACACUUUUUAAAAUAACAUUUUGGCUUGGAUAUUUAAACAGCUGCAUCAACCCCAUAAUCUAUCCAUGCUCAAGUCAAGAGUUUAAGAAAGCGUUCCAAAAUGUCCUGAGAGCUCAGUGUCUCCCAAGGAAGCAAGCAGCAAAGAAGCAAUCCCCAAGUUUCAACCUCAACCGUCCCACUAACCAAAGCAUGGAGAGCGACAAAGGUGUGGUCCGUAUCCCCGUUGGCUCAGGAGAAACCUUCUAUAAGAUUUCCAAGUCGGAUGGGGUCUGUGAAUGGAAGAUAUUCUCCGCUGUGCAAAGCAUGCCCACAAAAAAUGCGGUUUCCAAAGACUGUACUGCUGCCAAAGUGAAAAGUAAAGGUUUCCUCCAGGAAUGCUGCUGUGCAGGCACGUCAGGGAACCUUGCCCAUGAAACCUGUAAAGUGCCAACCAUUAAAAUACACACCAUCUCCCUCAAUGAAAACGGGGAGGACGUCUAA